AUGAUGGAAUGCGCGACCCCAAAGUCUGCACGGAAGGCAUCCGAGAAGGAUCCGGUCACCAGCAUCGAGGCCGGAGAGGUCCGGGAACUCACAAACGCCGACAUUGAAGCAUCCUACAUCAACAACGGCAAGUUACUGGAGGAGUCCAUUGAGCGGAUUGUGGCCAUUGACCUAACAGUAUUCAUAGAAGCACUUCCUAAAACGCACACCUAUCUUAUGACAGGUCUGGCGGCGACCUGGGGGGUUGGGACUGCGAUUGGAGCUUUGAUAGCAUGGCCUCUUAUCGCCAACUACUCUUGCCCACAGGAUUCUACUCCAGCAACAUGUCAUCGGAGCGAGAACAUGGGCUGGCGGUAUCAAUAUAUCACCGUCGGGGGCAUGUGUUUGGUCAUGGCGAUCGUUCGUAUCUUCAUCUUCAGGAUGGAGGAAUCUCCCAUCUGGCUCGCCUCUCAGGGCGAAUUAACCAAGGCAGUCGCAAACAUCAACCGAAUUGCAACUACGAACCGAUCGGACCAUCGCCUGUCAGUUGAUCGCCUUGCACCGGUUGCCAAGAUGCAGAAGGGAAAACCCCAUUUCCAGUUUGAUUUGCGCCGCUUUACCGGUCUGUUCAAAGGAAGAAAACAGGCGCGCUCUAUGGUUUGUUUGAUAGUUCUAUGGAUGACCAUGGGAAUCGCUUAUCCCAUUUACUCCCUCUUCCUUACUUAUUACCUUCAGGCCCACGGUGCCAAGCUUGGCGAUGGUAGUACUUACCAGACGUACCGUGACUAUAGCAUCUCAGCUACUGUCGUUAUACACCUGAAGUGA